AUGUCCCCUCCAACACUCGCAGUCGUCGCCGCAGGCGCAAUGGGCGCCGCGGUCGCGCGAAGGCUCACGACCGCAGGCUGCACGGUGCUCACCAACCUCGAAGGGCGCUCGCAGGCCACCCGCGAACGCGCGGCCUCAGCAGGCAUGCUCGACGUCCCCAUGCCAGAACUCGCCGCGCGUUCGCAGUGGGUCCUCAGCAUCCUCCCGCCGAGCGACGCGCUCGCGUUCGCGGCGCGCUACAAGGACGUCGCACCCGCGCAGUCGAAGUUUCGACUGGCCUUCGCGGACUGCAACGCGGUGAGCCCGGAGACGGUGAAGAAGAUCGCGGCACUGUUUGAUGGGAGUGGGAUUGGCUUUGUCGACGCUGGGAUCAUCGGCGGGCCGCCGAAGGAGGGGUACGACCCUGUGUUCUAUGCGUCGGCCGCCCCGGAGGAUAGCGCCCUGCUUGACGAGUUUUCUGGAUUAUCCACUGGAGUGGGUGAUGCGAGCGCGCUCAAGAUGUCGUACGCGGGCAUCUCCAAGGGCAUCAUAGGCCUCACCACGACUAUGAUCCUCGCUGCACACGCGUCGUCGCCCGCGACCGCCCAAGCGCUGGUGCACGAGCUGCACUCAUCACAGCCACAAGUCCUGCAGCGGAUCACGACCAGCGUUCCCGCGAUGCUCCCAAAAGCGUACCGCUGGGUCGGCGAGAUGGAGGAGAUCUCCUCGUUCGUCGGCGAUGGCGAAGGUCAGAUUCACCAAGGCCUCGCGCGACUGUACGAGCGAGUCGAGCGCUCGUUGAAAGAGGAGAAGGAGGGCGGGCCAGCGGAAGAUGUCAAAGUCCUGAGGAGCUUCGUGGACGAUGCGAAAGCGGUCAUUGGUGGACAGAAGUGA